GAGUUGCACUGAGUGUGGCAGAGACGUCCUGGCAGGAACGCGCUCAAGCAGAAAGGCAGACAGAGACGGACGGACGGACUCGGCCAACCCGGACGGCCGCGGACUCCGGGCUGCUCAUCUGUUUGUCUUCAUUUUCUCACCGACUCCCUGGAUCCAGCGCCCGCGGCUCCAGCAUCGGUGUUUUGGGGAGCACUUGGAGAGUCCCUUCUCCCGCCUUCCCCGGAGAAGAAGCUCCCAAGUCCCGGCGCUGCUGACAGCACCGAGAGCGGCGCCUGCCCGCGCGAGGAAAUAGGCGAGCGGCUACGCCGGCCAGCAACUUUCCUGACCCAGAAGACCGGGAACAAGUGGCCCGGAGCGAACUUUUGCAAACCUUUUCUGCGCCUUAGGCUGCCACCGAGACUGUAAAGAAAAGAGAGAAGAGGAACCUUCACUCAGCCAGGCUCGCACAGGCGGCUGAAGUUGGGCGAGCGCUAGCCGCGGCCGCCGAGCGUCCCCCUCCCCCUCGCAGCGGAGGAGGGGACAGUUGUCGGAGUCCGGGGCGGCGGAGCCCGGUCGCGGGCUUCCACCGAGAGUUCCCUGACGACUGGUUCGCGCCGCCGGAGAGCCGCUGUCGCUGGAGCUGGUCCGCCGUCCCCGAGGAACCGCUGCCAUCCGAGAGCGCUCGGGACGCACGGGUGUCCCCCGCUCCCCAGCGCGCUGUUGCGGCCCCGAAACUUCAGCGCACAGCCCAGGCCAACCCCGCGUGAACUGACCGACCGUUCUAUGACUGCAAAGAUGGAAACGACCUUCUACGACGAUGCCCUCAACGCCUCGUUCCUCCAGUCCGAGAGCGGCGCCUACGGCUACAGUAACCCUAAGAUCCUGAAACAGAGCAUGACCUUGAACCUGGCCGACCCGGUGGGCAAUCUGAAGCCGCACCUCCGCGCCAAGAACUCGGACCUCCUCACGUCGCCCGACGUUGGGCUGCUUAAGCUGGCGUCGCCCGAACUGGAGCGCCUGAUCAUCCAGUCCAGCAAUGGGCACAUCACCACCACGCCGACCCCCACCCAGUUCUUGUGCCCCAAGAACGUGACCGACGAGCAGGAGGGCUUCGCCGAGGGCUUCGUGCGCGCCCUGGCCGAACUGCAUAGCCAAAACACGCUGCCCAGCGUCACGUCCGCGGCACAGCCGGUCAGCGGAGCGGGCAUGGUGGCUCCCGCGGUGGCAUCGGUAGCGGGCGCUGCCGGCGGCGGCGGCUACAGCGCCAGCCUGCACAGCGAGCCUCCGGUCUACGCCAACCUGAGCAACUUCAACCCGGGUGCGCUGAGCAGCGGCGGCGGGGCGCCCUCCUACGGCGCGGCCGGGUUGCCUUUUCCGUCGCAGCCCCAGCAGCAGCAGCAGCCGCCUCAGCCGCCGCACCACUUGCCCCAGCAGAUCCCGGUGCAGCACCCCCGGCUGCAGGCCCUGAAGGAAGAGCCACAGACGGUGCCCGAGAUGCCGGGAGAGACCCCGCCCCUGUCCCCCAUCGACAUGGAGUCUCAGGAGCGGAUCAAGGCGGAGAGGAAGCGCAUGAGGAACCGCAUCGCUGCCUCCAAGUGCCGGAAAAGGAAGCUGGAGAGGAUCGCCCGGCUAGAGGAAAAAGUGAAAACCUUGAAAGCGCAAAACUCGGAGCUGGCGUCCACGGCCAACAUGCUCAGGGAACAGGUGGCACAGCUUAAACAGAAAGUCAUGAACCACGUUAACAGUGGGUGCCAGCUCAUGCUAACGCAGCAGUUGCAAACGUUUUGAGGACAGACUGUCAGGGCUGAGGGGUAAUGGAAGAAAAAAACAUCAGAGACAGACUUGAGAACUUGACUGGUUGCGAAAGAAAUAAAAAAGUGCCCGAGUACCGAAGCCAAGGGUACACAAGAUGGACUGGGUUGCGUCCUGACGGCGCCCCCAGUGUGUUGGAGUGGGAAGGACGUGGCGCGCCUUACCUUGGCGCGGAGCCAGAGAGCGGCGGCCUAUUGGCUGACAGGCCUGGCGAAUGGGCUGUGCCCGCGCGACCAGAGCGAUGGACUUUUCGUUAACAUUGACCAAGAACUGCAUGGACCUAACAUUCGAUCUCAUUCAGUAUUAAAGGGGGGGUGGGGGGUUACAAACUGCAAUAGAGACUGUAGAUUGCUUCUGUAGUGCUCCUUAAGAACACAAAGCAGGGAGGGCUAGGGAGGGGAGGGAGGCUCGUGAAUGCCAGGCUAGACCGCAGAUGAACUUUCCUGGCCUGCCUCCCUCAACUGUGUAUGUACAUAUAUAUUUUUUUUUAAUUUGAUGAAAGCUGAUUACUGUCAAUAAACAGCUUCCUGCCUUUGUAAGUUAUUCCAUGUUUGUUUGUUUGGGUGUCCUGCCCAGUGUUGUUUGUAAAUAAGAGAUUUGAAGCAUUCUGAGUUUACCAUUUGUAAUAAAGUAUAUAAUUUUUUUA